CCACGGUCCACCCGAACCCAGUAUAGACCUAAACCUCCUCUCCACGAAAUAUUCAACAUGGCUCUCGCAACUCCAGCUGGCACAACCCUCAACCCAGAGGAGACUGAGAACUUCGAGGAUAUUGAGAAGCAAUUCGCCGUCAAAGUCGUACAGCAUAUGGAGACAUACUGGAACAUACUCGAGAAAGUACCCGGUUCCAAGCUUCGCCUCACCAAGUUCGACGAUGAGAUCUACGAGCACCUCAAGAAAGAUUUCCCCGAGUUCGACGCCAAAGCCACAGUGAAUGAGGACGAGAUGAAGAGCAAGGACGGCAAAGAGCGAUGGCGCAAGUUUAUCGCCGAGUACGAGAACAAGGUGGAGGAUUACAACUUCGGCACCAUGCUUCGCGCGAGUCCAGACAUUGAAUACAGCGAGACCGGCACUAUAUUCGCAGUGCGCAUGCAGUUCUAUGCUAUCGAAAUCGCACGUAACCGCGAAGGCUUGAACGAUUGGAUAUACGAGAAGGCACACCCCAAGGACAAAUAGAUGCAGCGUAGUGUUGCUGAAUGAACCCUCCAACAUAUUCCCAUGGCGCCACAGAGGACUGAUAUCGCGCUCAGUCCAGUUUUGGACCGCGGCCUGUCCGUGUUGAUCUUCUCGGUCUAAGCGACCUAGUCUUUGUUCGGCCAUCCCUCUGCUUCGCCCGCAUCGCGCUUCGCGGAGGCGAGAGUGUAAGACCAGAUCAUAGCAGUAGGUAGAUCGUGUCGAGCGUGCAGUCUAGCGACGAUGUC